UGUGUAAGAACGAAUUCAUCCAUAGAAGGAAAAGUCUGGACCUGUUGCCCAAAGAAUUGGAAGUCAUUUAGUUCCAGUUGCUACUUUUUUUCUACUGAUGCAAAAUCUUGGAAGGAUAGUCAGGAAAACUGCUCUUGAAUGGAGGCUCACCUGGUGGUGAUAAACAACAAGGAAGAGCAGGAUUUCCUCACUCAGAAUAUGGAUAAAGGCUCUGCUUAUUUGGUGGGGCUGUCAGAUCCAGAGGGUCAAGGACACUGGCAAUGGGUUGAUCAGACCCCACACAACCAAAGUGCCACGUGA